AUGCCACAGUCAUCACCUCGGAAUUCCUCAACCAGAAUUGCACAUCCUCACUCAAUCAUUCUCUUUCCUAGAGACAAUAAUCAAAAGGUAGAGACGCCUCUCUCUUCUUGUUUCUACGGUCUCCAUCCUUCACCACAAAUCGGACAUCUCUCAACCCAAUUGUUGUUCUCAGCCCCACACUCAUUGCACACCCACAUAUCGUUUGCCGUACCAGAGUAA